UGAAACUGGAGCCACCAGAAAAGGAUGGGAAGGAAAAAAGAUUGUAUUUUUCCUCUCUUCUUUAUUUUUUUAAUCCAGGACAUUUGACGACUGAGAGGUUAAUUUUAAUCAUCUUCCAUUUACAUGCAACUUUAAAUCUCUUUUUCUAAUGUUUCACUUUGUCUUUUAAACAUCUCUUUUAUUCUCUUAAUCAGUUUGGACAUUCACUAUUCCCCGUCCUCGUAUCAUUUCUACUCCAUCUCCCCCUCUUUUAUCUUAUUAGCCUUCUCUCCAUCCUUGUUUUCCUGACCUGGACCUGCACCUGGUACAUUAAGGAACAGGAGUGGGUGUCAAGAAAACCAUGACAGAGCCGCACAGGGUCAGUCCAGUGGACCCAUUCUGAAAAAUCAUUAUCAACAAGACGAACUGGACCUCAGAGAACAAAAUUAAGACCCAAGGACGAAAGAAGGGGAAGAGAAAAGAAAGAUGGAUCCCAAGUACUGACCAACUCAUCUGAUGCACAUCUUCACCCCAAGUGAGGAAGGAACGGGAAGCGGUUCGAUCGAGACCAAAGACAAGGUGUCGCUCUCUGUGUCUGCAUCCAGAAAAGUGUAUUCUUCAGGAAAAGUGAUCUUCUGAAACAAGCUGAAGAGACUUGCAGCAGAAUCAGACCUGAUGGACUGAGCGGUAGGUGCAGAGACUCGUGCAUGCAUCCUGCACACAGAUGUUUUUAUAAAGUGAAUUGGGGUCAAAGUGUAAAUGAGCUUCUCUUGACCCUCUUCGCACUGAGAGGAAACACUUUGAUAUAAAAGAGCAUCAUGCAAGACGUAAAUCUCAGCCGGGGGUUGCUGGUGCUUCUGCUGCUUUGGACCUUGUCAGUCGUUGCUGAGUCAGCCGGCGUUACGAGCGCAGAACGAGGAGGAGCUGGAAGAAGCCAGAGGAGAGGAGGAGGUGGCGGCGGAGGAGCUGCAGAGAAGAGAAAGAGGUACCACCGUAUCCAGCAUGGCCAGUGCAGCUACACCUUCAUCCUCCCGGAGCUGGACGGGUGCCAGGCCGGAGGACCGCCGCCACAGACUGAACAAUAUGGUGGCUCCCGCAGCAGGGCGAGCGUCGUGCAGAGAGACUCGCCACCGAUUGAUGGUGAAUGGUCGGCUCAGAAACUGCAGCACCUGGAGAGCACAAUGGAGAACAACACGCAGUGGCUGCAUAAGUUGGAGAACUUCAUUCAGAAGAGCAUGAGACGAGACGUCGCGAACGUGCCGCCACACAUCGUUCACAACCAGACGGCCGCCAUGCUGCAGAUCGGAACGAACCUCCUCACGCACACGGCGGAGCAGACGCGCAAACUCAACGUGGUGGAGGCAAAGGUGCUGAACCACACGUCUCGGAUAGAGAUCCAGCUUCUGGAGAACUCGCUGUCCACCAACAAGCUGGAGAAAGAGCUGCUGCUGCAGACCUCCGAGAUCAGUCGGCUGCAGGACAAGAACAGUCGUUUGGAGAGUAAAGUUCAGAAGUUGGAGUCUCAGCAGAGAGGAGAGCUGGAGGACAUGAGGGAGGAGAAGAACAGGCUGCAGUCUGUCGUCAGGACGCAGAUGGUGGCCAUCGAGGCUUUGGAGAAGCAGCUGAGAGCCGCCAGCAGCAACAACACGGCUCUGCAGAGGCAGCAGGCUCAGCUGAUGGAGUCUGUGCACACGCUCAUCAACAUGGUGGCUAGUACUACAGGGCCACCUCCUAAGAACCAGAUGUGGAGGGACUGUGCAGAUGUGUACAAGGCCGGUCACUCUGUCAGUGGUCUGUAUCACAUCUACAUCGGCAACAGGACUGAACCUGUGCAGGUGUACUGUGACAUGGAGACGAGCGGUGGAGGGUGGACGGUCUUCCAGCGGCGGUUUAACGGCAGCGUGGACUUCCAGAGGAGCUGGAGGGAAUACAAAAUGGGUUUCGGGGACGUGUUGGGAGAGCACUGGCUGGGAAAUGAAGUCCUGCACCUGCUGACCAGUCAGGCCCAGUACUCCCUGAGAGUGGAGCUGAGAGACUGGGAGGGAAACCAGGACCACUCCCAGUACGACCGGUUUACACUGACCAGUGAGAGGCAGCAGUACAGGUUGUAUCUGAGAGGUUACAGCGGGACAGCAGGGAGGCAGAGCAGCCUGGCCUCACACGGGACCGGCUUCAGCACGCGGGACCAGGACAACGACAACUGUGAACACUGUAAAUGUGCCCUGAUGCUCACCGGAGGUUGGUGGUUUGAUGCCUGUGGUUUCUCCAACCUGAACGGUAUUUACUACACCAUCGGCCACAACAUCAGGAAGCUGAAUGGCAUCAAGUGGCACCACUUCAGAGGCCCCAGCUACUCCCUGCGCUCCACCUCCAUGAUGGUACGACCCUACGACUUCUAACGUCCCACCUCAGCCUUCGUGAUGGAACAACCCACAACCUUAGGACCCUCCAGUUUCAUGAUGGUACAACCCCAUGACAGCUACCAAAAUGCCCUCCUGAUCACGUGACCAGCUCCAGCACCAUGAUGGUGUGACCCUACAGUUUCCUGCUGCCAGGUCUCACACACCGUCUGUGUGGAUUAUUUCUGUCUGACAGUGAGACUGUACAAUAUGUCAAGAGGAAAAUCACACAUGUGAUAGCACCAAGGACUUUUAUGAAUAAAAAUGAAAAUUCAAGCAGAGUUCUUUGUGAUGUGAACACAGUCUAACGUGUAGGCUGAUGAAACAUUGGGAUAAGAUGAGACAGCUCACUCUAAAAUGCUUUGAUAGUUGUUUUUAAUCUGACUUUUUUUUUUUUUUAAUGAAGCCAAUAGUUGCAUCACUACACGUAUUAAUCAGCAUUUUAAGUGAAAUGAGAACUGGUGCGUCCUGUAGCUGCAGAAAGACCGAAAGAAUCUGAGAAUCUGACCGAUUGAUCUGAUCUCUGCCUGGACAGGGGACCAAAUAAAUGUCCCUCUGAGGACGUUUUCCUCCUCAAACCCAAAGAGACUUGGGGUUUAUGGACAAUUUAACAGGCAAGAGGACAAAAAUCAGUACAGCUCACUCUCCAUUUACUGUACAUAUUGCUCUAUGAAGCAAAGACAUACAGACUUGUACAUCAUGAACGGUGAAUAACUGAAGGACGGGAGCUGGAGGGACACUGGACAUUAUGGUUUUAACUAUGAUUCUGGAAAGCAAACAAUGAUGGCAAGCAGACUGAGUUUGUUGAUGGACAAAUAAUCACAUUUUUCUACUUAACUGCCAGAGGCUGGACAUGGCAACACUUAAAAUCCUCAUCAACAUACCGUACCAUAACCUCUACUCUGAAUUUCCCAAUGUUGAAUCAAGGAAGGAAACGUGUGCGAAGGAAACAAAGAAAAGAAUGAUUACAGAGCAAAAAGACUCAGUCCAACCUUUUUCUGGUUGUUUCAUGUUGGAUAAAAAAAAAACUGGACAAUGAGCAAAGAAAGAAAAAGAGACUUUAUGGUUUAGAGGAGUCCAGAUUCUGAAGCAGAGAAAUGUUGUUUUAAUUAUCUUCCUAAUCCAAACAACCUGCUUAUUGUCUUGUUUCUGGUUGGAGUCCACAUUUUAUCUUGGCUUACACGCUCUCAUGGUACUUACACAGACAUGAAAUGAGUUACAGGACGUAUUUAUAUUAUUCAGUUCAUUGAAUUGUGUUUGUUAUCAUCUAAAAUAUGUUUUUUUCUGUCCGUCUCAUACACUCACAACUGAGAUUACAAAAAAGUGCCCUUUAUUUGUCAGGUAACGUCAUGUCGUAGCAGUUAGAGGUUAUUUGGUUACUGGUACCACAAUGUGAAAACUGGACUGGUCGUGUCUGAGUGUGUGUGUCUGACAGUUAAAGGAGUGAGUGACUGUUGUUCAUUACAUUUCCUUUUUGUCAUUUAUCAACAUGCCUUCAGAAAAAAAAUGUGUUUUCUCAGAAUAAAUAUUUAGUGUCUGAUGAAGACUCCUGGCUCACAGAGAGCAGCGUCUGUCCUCUCAUCAAACUCUGCACGAAAGCAAAGGAGCAUUUGGUUUUCAUUUGACAGCAGUGAUUGAUUAUUACAGUGAAUCUCGCUCCUUGCUGUCGAUGCAGUUCCCUGUAAAAGUCUCUGCAGGUUUUAGAAAUGACUGAAUGAUGUUUUCAUAUUUUUAUUUGUCAGAGUAAAGAAGUCUGUGCUUCAUUUUUUUAAAAAUGCACUUUAUGAAAGAGAAAAUGGUGAAGUUCAGGACAGAUGGUGUGUCUGGUUUAAUCUUUGCUCUCUGUGUAUCACACUUUUUUCAGGUUUAAAAAUGUUUUUGUUUUAUUUAGUGCAUAUGUGCAGCAAGGCUUUUCCACUCAACUGUAAACAGUCUGCAGUAUUUUGUCAAAUAAAAUAUGAU